CGUCUCUUUCUGUACAGUCUACAUAACGACAUUUUACGACAAAGCCGUGCAUGGAAUUUCUGUUCUCCCCAGUGAGAUACCGGUUGGAGAAACGCAGUAGCAAGAGAGUACAGAGAAGGGUUAGUAAUCGUUCCCAUACCUGGCCCCUCGUCCCCGAUAAGAAUCCUGCAUCUUCUCUGGUACACAUAAACCGAGCGGUUAGAUGUGGAAACAGGGCUGAGGAGAGAGCGACGCGAGGGAAGGCAACUAAAAAUUCUAACCCGGGUUGUGAAGUAAGUUGCCUUCUAAGCGGCGCUUUAAAAGGAAGCAGAAGAUAAUUGACCAAAACAACAGAGAAGAUGGACUAUGAUUUCAAAGUGAUGCUGACCGGGGAGAGAGAACGUGUAGAGGACCUGUUUGAAUAUGAGGGAUGCAAAGUGGGAAGAGGCACCUACGGCCAUGUAUAUAAAGCAAAGCGAAAAGAUGGGAAGGAUGAUAAGGACUACGCCCUCAAGCAGAUUGAAGGCACUGGCAUCUCCAUGUCUGCCUGCAGAGAGAUUGCACUACUGCGGGAGCUGAAGCAUCCUAAUGUUAUCUCACUGCAGAAGGUGUUCCUGUCACACGCAGACCGCAAAGUGCUGCUCUUCGACUACGCCGAGCAUGACCUCUGGCACAUCAUAAAGUUCCACAGAGCGUCCAAGGCCAAUAAGAAGCCCCUGCAGCUGCCCAGGGGAAUGGUCAAGUCCCUGCUCUACCAGAUCCUGGACGGCAUCCAUUACUUACACGCCAACUGGGUCCUACACAGAGACCUGAAACCUGCCAACAUCCUAGUGAUGGGGGAGGGGCCAGAGAGGGGUCGAGUAAAGAUCGCGGACAUGGGCUUUGCCCGCCUCUUUAACUCKCCACUGAAGCCGUUAGCAGAUCUGGACCCUGUGGUGGUCACCUUCUGGUACAGGGCACCAGAGCUACUGCUAGGUGCCAGYCACUACACCAAAGCCAUCGACAUCUGGGCUAUUGGCUGCAUCUUUGCCGAGCUGUUGACAUCUGACAUCUUCCACUGUCGCCAAGAGGACAUCAAGACCAGUAACCCCUACCACCACGAUCAGCUGGACCGAAUCUUCAACGUCAUGGCUUCCCCGCUGGUGAGAGAGCUGGGCUGGGCUGGGCCUGGCGGCAGGUAGCCUAGCGGUUGGAGGGUUGCCAGUUCGAAUCCAGAGUUUGACAAAAAUA